AUGGGGGUGGACUACUACAAGUCGGAAGCUGAAGCCAAGUCCAAACAUAUCUCUGAAGCUUAUGAUGUGCUGAGUGAUCCUGAGAAGAGGGCAGUUUAUGAUAUGUAUGGUGAGGAGGGGCUUAAGAGUAGAUCCAACCCAAGAAGUGAUAUGCAUAGGAAAGCGCCUGUCAUAGAAUGGCCAUUGCCCUGCAGCCUUGAAGACCUCUACAAUGGCACUACUAAGAAAAUGAAGAUUUCCAGAAAUAUUAUUGACGCUAGGGGCAAAAAGGUGACGGUAGAAGAGAUUCUGACCAUAAAUAUCAAGCCAGGUUGGAAGAAAGGCACAAAGAUUACCUUCCCGGAGAAAGGCAACGACGAGACCAUCGAGGAGAAACCUCAUAAAGUAUUUACCCGGGAUGGGGAUGACUUGAUCGCCACGCAAGAGAUUAGUUUUGUAGAGGCAUUGACUGGCUACACCGUGGGUUUCACUUCCCUGGAUGGCAGGAACUUGACCAUCCCUAUCAACACCAUCAUACACCCAAACUACGAGGAAGUUGUUCCAAGGGAAGGUAUGCCCAUCCCUAAAGAUCCAUCAACUAAGGGAAACUUGAGAAUCAAGUUCGACAUAAAAUUUCCCACAAGCCUAAAGGCAAGCCAGAAAGCUGGCAUAAAAGAGCUAUUUGGGUAUUCUGGCUGA